AUUUUGUGGCCAUUUUCUUUGCUCGCAAGCAAGUUCGUGGCUGUAGUCUGCAAAUCGUUUUUUCGCAUCAAAAUUUUUUAAAAAAAGAACUUAAUAAAUAAAAUAAUAAUAUAAAUUUAAAGAACUAAUAAUUUCAUGGUGCAGAAGCUGAAAGUAGUAAAAUAAAUACAAAACAUUUCAAUUUGCUGUAGAAAUUAGACAAGUAAAAAUGCAGAUAGAAUAAGAGCUAAGGAGCUAACGAAAGUGUAAAGAGUAAUUGAAAUUUCGAGAGAUAAAAAGGAUAAGAAGAAAGGAAGACAAAGCAGUUAAAGAAAUAAAGUAAUCAAACAAAGAAAAGUGAAGUGAAAGAAGAUAAAGCAACGAGCGGAAAAACGAUUUUUUGCAAAACGCACACGCAAACGAAGACGAAAGGCGAAACGAACUAGCGAACGGGCAAGUUGUUCAAGCAGUUGAAAAUUGUUAAUGCGGUCGGGAAAGGAGCGCACGAUAAAAAAGUGAUUAUUGUUUGUUGGGAUUUCAAAGGUGCAUAUCAAUUUUUAGUGGAUUGGAGUACGUGUCGAAAUAUAGACAAAGCAAACUGAGAAAUAAGCGAGUAAUUGAACGUACGCCGGUGCUCCACUAAAAAGCGUCAAAAUUCUUAGCUACGGCAGCAAUUCCUACAAUAACGCUUAUAACAGCUCCAUCGCCGCCGCCACGCUCCACAAGCAGCCCGCAGUGCCGUCACUACCACCCCCAAUUAUGUUUGUCAAUUCGAUGACGUUUCGCGGCAAUCCUGCCCCCAACCAUCACUACGCAGGCCACCCAUUGGCCACAGCACAUCAUCCGCAGCAACCGCAAUUGCAUCACCAUGCCGCCACAGGACAAGCUGGAGGUCCAAUGGCACACCAUCCAUCGGCAGCACAUGGUACGCAUCCAGGAGCCCAUCCAGGCACGGGCAAUAACAAUAUUCAUCAUGCCGCCUCGGCUAUGAGUCGUCACGCACCGCAUGCGCCCAUGGGCAUGAGUAGUGGAAAUAUUACUUCAAUGUCGCCUCAUAUGCCAAACAAUGGAAGCGGCAUGCCCGGUAGUGGCAAUGGUAGCGGAGGCAGUUCUAGUUCCGCAGAUAGUGGUAAAAUUUAUAUCAAGAAUUUGGAACGUUCUAUUGACAACAAAGCUGUGUAUGACACAUUCUCCGUAUUUGGCAAUAUUCUUAACUGUAAUGUGGCCAAAGAUGAGGAUGGCAAUUCACGUGGAUAUGGUUUUGUGCACUUCGAUUCCGAAGAAGCCGCACGCACUGCCAUCGAAAAGGUGAAUGGUAUGCUGUGCAAUAAUCAGAAGGUGCACGUAGUAAAAUUCAUACCACGCCGUGACCGUGAGCAAGAGAAAGCUUCACAAUUUAGGAAUCUUUACGUCAAGAAUCUGAACGAAGAUUUUACUGAUCAGCAUUUACAUGAAAUGUUUGAACCGUACGGACGCAUAACAAGUCACAAGGUGAUGCUCGAUGAGGAAGGUCGUUCACGCCGUUUCGGGUUUGUUGCUUUUGAGAGCCCACAAUCAGCUUUAGCUGCAGUUAUUGGCCUAAAUGGCAAGCAAUUGGGCGACAAUAAGUUUUUGUACGUUGCACGUGCACUCAACAAAAUCGAACGCCAACAAGAGAUAAAUCGAAAAUUGGAGGAACGCAAACGACAGAAGGCAGGCCAAGUCUUUUACUAUUAAAUUGAAGAACUGGUUUGAGAGAAAUUAAAAAAAAAUGACAUUUAAUACAACAAGAAAUGUAUUCUAAGCUAAAUAUUGUUUACAAGAGGUGAAUUAGUGGUGAAUAUUAUUGUCAAGCUCAUAAAGUGGUAAGUAUAAGAAGAAAGUUUUCAUAAAGCGUUAGUGAAUAAGAAUAAAAAAAGUGUAGUUGAUUCAUCUAAGUUUGAAGAAUUUGAGAAAGAUAAGUAAAAAAAUUCCCAGGUGAAUACCGAUGCAAAUUUAUUAAAGGAAGUUUUCGAAUAUACAUACAUAUAUCUUUAAGAACUAUGAAAAAUUAAAAAAAAAAAUAUUAAAAAAAUACAACAUAAAUACGCAUACAUACAACAAAUACAUAUAUGUACAUGUAGAGAUGUAAACUUUAAAGCAAAAAUUAUGGAAUAUCCUUUUUGAUUUCGAUGUUACAUAAAAGUUUACAUUAGUGAAAAAAAAAAAAAAAUAAAAAAUAUCUUAAAAAAUGCUUAUUGUUAAACCUUAAAUAAUUAAAAUAUUCAACCAACAAAAACAAAAAGCAAAUGGAAAAUAUAAAAACAAAAUGAAACGUUAUAUAGAAACACAUUGAAUAACUAACUGGCAGUUUAACGUUGAUUACACAGUAGAUUUUAUGGAUGUCACAUUGAGUAGAACUCAAUGAUUUGCAACUAAAAUUAAAUUUAAACUCUACUUCAAAUUAAAUGGCAUAUUUAUGUCCCUAUCAAUAUAUUAUGUACUAUUAUAGCUAUUAAAAAUUAUUCAUGCACCCCUUGAAUACAACAUAAUGAACACAAAUCAAACAAACAAAGAAACACAAACACACUCACUUAUUCAUACCUAAACACAUAAACAAACUUUUUUGCUUCGAUAUACAUAUGUAAAGUUUAUAUUUUUGUCACAAAUCGGCAAAAGAAAAAUACCCACAACACUGAAACCGCGUGAAUUAUAUGGGCGUCAUUAUAAAUUACAAAUACAAGAAUAUGAAAAAUAUGCUAAUGUAAUCAUGAAAAAGUACAUUUAUAUUAAAUUACUCACCGUGCAAAAGUAAAAACAAAAAAUAACAAAACCCAUUUACGCAUUAUGUAUAAGAGUAUUUAAUUGUAUGCAAGAAACAGAAUCGAAACACUAGAAAAAUGGAGAGUGCGCGAGGUAACAACAGCAGAUGUCUAAAAAGCAUAAAAAUAACAAAAAACAAACCCAGAAGAAAAAGCAACCAAUUUUAAGCUUAGUUGUAAAAUUGAUGCAAGAAAUGUGUAUUUAUUGUAAUUAAAAAGCGAAUAAAAAAUAAAAUGGCAUAAAACUAAAGAAACUAAAAUGGUUUAAAAACAAAAACUAAAUUAUAUGUAAACAAUGAAAAACAACAAAAUGAAAAGGACAAAGGUAAACAAUAUGAAAACAUUAAAUUAAGCAAAGAAAAGCAAACGCAAUGCACAGAAAUCCAGGACAUGAAAAAAGAAUAUGCAUAACAAUAAUUUAUUUUAUUCUAACAAACACCCCAAAAAUACUGGUAAUAGGCAAAAAUUAUGAUUGAUAUGAUUAUUAUAAAUGUUCCCAAUAAAUUUUAACAUUUAAGUUCUUAACGUAGAGAAAAUGUAUAGAUAUUACAAAAAAUAAAUAAAACACUUACAAAUGAAGAAAAAAACUGAAAGUAAACGAAAAACCAGAAAGAUAAUGAAUACAUUAGAAAAGGAUAAUGAAAAUGAAAACAAAAGAUAUGCUAACAAAUGCAAAAUAAAAAGAUAAAAAGCAAAAGAACAGCAGAAAAACUGAAAAUUUUAUUAUUAAGAAAUUGAAAAUUUACUAUAUAUUUUUACUAGAUGAGACGCAAAAGCAAAUCUCUCCAUUUAAAAAACUCCUUCUCCCCUCCUCCCCUUCAGAAACUACAAUUACAAUAUGAUUAAAAUAAUGCACAUGAUGUAUAAAGCUGAAUUUAAGUAGUAAUUCUUUUUUAUUGGAACAAGGCAUUAAAAAAAACUUAGAAAUACAAGAAAUACCUUAACAAACUGUAUGAAAAUGAAAACAUACUAGAAAUGCAAAUAAUUUAGAAAAUAAAACUGGCAAAGUAAACAAAAACAAGUAUAAAGAAAAAACAACAAAGUUAAAGAAAGACAAAGACAAACAAAAUAACAAUCGAACGUUAAAAACUUGCCUAGUAGCUCAAUCAUAGCGGUAACAGCAGCAAAUGGCCAACAAAAUAUAAAAUUAAAAAAAUGAAUUGUACACUUUUACAUUUUAACUUCACUGGCAGCUGGGGAGAGGGUGAGACUUUUUCCUCUUUGACCGCCACUGCCACGCCAAGAACGGCAUUGCUGCCAUUACCGUAUGAUUUUGCUAUACAUAUUUAUAUUUUAACAAAAACAAAUGCAUGCAAAACAGCUUAAAAGUGAACAUAUUUGAAUAUCACUAAGGGCCAUGUCCUUUUUAUUGCACUAAAUUUGUGUAUUGAAAAACAUCUCGUAUUUGUCUCGUAUAUAUGCAAUUGGUCUCGAAGAUAUUAGGUUAUACAUUUUUCCACACCUAACUUUUUUCAUAUACAUUUAUAUUGGUUUUUUUUUUAUACAUUUACUUUUAAU